AUAAAAAGGUAAGAUCUACUCAAUGACCCUCAUCAACCAAGCAUUCUUUGUAGUCUUCUCUGCUUUCGCACCCGAAAAUGGCGGUGAAGGUCUAUGGUCCAGUGACGGCAGUUUGCCCUCAGAGAGUAAUAGCUUGUCUCAUUGAAAAAGGUGUGAAGUUCGAAGUAAUACAUGUAGACCUCGACUGUAUGGAGCAGAAGAAACCAGAGUUUCUCACUAAACAGCCGUUUGGGCAAGUUCCUGUGAUAGAAGAUGGAGAUUUCAGGCUCUUUGAGUCAAGGGCAAUCAUAAGGUAUAUUGCAGCUAAAUAUGCUGACAGUGGUCCUAAUCUUCUUGGCAAUACUUUGGAAGAGAAAGCUAUGGUGGAUCAAUGGCUUGAAAUUGAAAAUCACAACUAUAAUGACUUGGUGUUCGGUAUUGUAUUUGAACUACUCAUCCUCCCACGAAUGGGUAAAGUGGGGGAUAAGGCUUUGGUUUAUGCCUGUGAGCAAAAACUUGCAAAGGUGCUUGACAUUUAUGAGGAUAGGUUGUCAAAAAGCAAAUAUCUUGCCGGAGAUUCCUUCACCCUGGCUGAUCUCAGCCACCUUCCAGCCACCAGAUAUCUGACAAAUGAAGCAGGAAUGGGGCAUCUUGUGAGAGACAGGAAACAUGUUAAUGCAUGGUGGGAAGAUAUCUCCAAAAGGCCUGCUUGGGAGAAAGUUCUGAACCUCAUGAAUUGAUCAUUUAUAAGGUGUUCAACCUAGCUCUACUAGUUAUCUAAGGAGGAUUGCACUUUCUAGUCAUGGGGACAAAUUAAAUGGCUAGUUUAUUAAGGUUGACAAAAGGAAAUUAAUAAAAAUAGAAAUAAACCCCAUCUAUGGAUAUGGCCAUAUAUGUAAUAUUUGUUGUAUUUUAUUCAGAGAAAAACUUUUAAUCACCAUGAGGUUUAUUAUAAAUAA